GUACGUGCCCGAAAGCUCUUUCAUUCCUAUGUGGGACUCGCAACCCAUGAGACCAGCAUUACCACCUUAGCACCCAAAGAGAUUAACACUGCAGAGGACGAGGAAACAAACAUUCGUGAUCAUUUAACAGUGUUCGGUGACAUAAACGGCCUCUCGAUUCUGUUGUUAUCAAAGUGCUCGCUAGAACGAACUGAACAGGUGCCGACGCAGAUAGUGCUCGCCGCUGGUUUUACGGUAAUUCGAUUUCUGCAGAGUGACAGUUGUAACGUAGGAAGGUGUGCAUUAUUUAUCGAAGCUAAUGCUUGGCGAGGAUUACCAUAGGCUCUCUUCUUCUCCAGACUUAAUCAAAGAGAAAAACUGGUAUAAUUGGCUACUGACUACACAGGACUUGGCCAAAUAUAUACAUCCGUCCCAUCUACACGAGGACAAUAUGAAACUCGUCGAGGGAGGGCACGGCACAAUGGGGAGCAGUUCGCAGUAUUGCCUGCGAUGGAACAACCAUCGGAACAACCUGCUGGCGGCUUUCGAUCAACUUCUGCAUCACGAGGCUUUCACAGACGUCACUCUGGCCUGCGAGGAUGGCAGGACGCUUCACGCCCACAGGCUGGUCCUGGCCGCCUGCUCGUCGUACUUUCAGGCGCUAUUCUUCAACGCCCACACGUCCAACCAUCCCAUCGUGGUCCUGAAGGACGUGAGAGCUUGUGCCAUGAGGGCGCUGCUCGAGUACAUGUACAGAGGAGAAGUCAACGUCGAGCACGACGCUCUCCAAGAGCUUUUGAAAGUGGCCGAGAGCUUGAAGGUCAAAGGGUUAGUGGAGGAACUGGGCAACGAUGCCCCAUUGCGACGACCACCCUCGCCGCCAGAAAUCUCCCGCCCACCUCCGCCACCUGCAGUGGACAGUCGCAGCCACCCUGAGCUGAUUCGACCAAAGCAAGAACCCCCUACUUCAGUCGCUCCACCCCCGUCAGCCUCUUCGCAUGAGCCUCCGCGUUCAACCUCUCCACAGCCUCUGUACCCGACGAUCCAGCCACCAGUUCUUCCCCCACACAGAGAACACUCCCAACACCGACCUGAGCAUCGCCCAGAGCACCGAGAACACAGAGGAGAUCACAGAGACCUGAGUCGUGAACUAGUAGACCCACGCGACAGUCGUGACAUGAGAGACAUCAGGGAGCAUCUAAGAGACCACUCACGAGACCUCAGAGAAGGACACGAGCCUCGAGACAGCCAUACCCCAGGAAGCCUAGACUCAGAGACCCGACAACCUCUCUCCUUAGUCCCACCGGUUCCUCACAUGCCUCCCCCUUGCCCAGACUCACCACCUCUUAAACGUAAGAGACCCAUCAUGCCUGAACCCAUUCUGUCGCCAACACCCAUUCUGCGAACCGCCCUUGGGCACACGCAUGGCUUCCCUGGACCAGACAUGAGUUCGCUCGUCUCUUUGGCAUCUUCCAUGAUGCCCUUGCCGGGACUCCUCAGCUCACAUGUUCCACACCUUCUGCCACAUGAACAUAGAGAUCACCUCGAGAAUCCUUACAGCAUCAAUACCAAAAAGGAACUUCUUGAUGAGGAGCCGCGUUCGUUCUCAGAUAUUUCCAGGGAUGAUGAGCACGGCAAGAUAAAGAGGGAGUCGCUAGCCAACGGGCCUCUGUUACCCGACUUCAGUCCAUACCACAUAGAUCCAAACGGCUCCUCCCACUACAGCAAUUUUGUCAGUUACGUUCCAACCCCUAAGCCUGAAUGGAAGAGGUACAAGCAGUACACGAAGACAGACCUGAUGGACGCUAUUGAGGCUGUGAGAACUGGUAUGACUGCUCUGCAGGCGUCACGGAAGUACAAAGUCCCUUCUCGAACGCUUUACGAUAAGAUCAAGAAGAUGGGAAUCAGUACAGUGCCACGACGCCUGCCCAGUAAAAAGCCCUCCCCCUCAAGUACGGAUCUGGAUGGGACAUCCACCGACGGCCCUCCAGUCUCCCACGAAACCAUUGACAUCGCGUCCAGAGACAGAGAUUCCAAUUCAGACCACGAGAACAGGCUGAAGGUGAUUAACAGCGAUGAAGACGACCACUCAACUUCAGGGGUUCCUCCCCUGGGGGAAGAUGAAGACGACCCUCCGUCUGCAGCAUCCACCCCAGCUCUUGCAUCGUUCUCCCUCAUCGGGCGACAGAUGUACGAAAACGGCAGUGGAGGGGAGCCCUCCUCCACCCCGCUAGACCUGACGGAUACGGAAUCCAUUUUACCCAAGAGACCUGAAAUUGAGGAGCGUGCUUAAAUGUCAACGAACUGGUACUGGUGACACGUACUCGUUCCUUCCACAUUUAGGCUUCUGGAGGAGCCUCACAACGUCAUGCCAGACAGUUCUCAGGUGGGCUCCAGUCCCCCACUAGAGUCUCACAAGGCAUGACUAACGGUUGGCCCUGGGUCAACUCGCCUCUAGUGCUCAGGUUUAUUUGAUUUUUUCUUUUCUGGGGUCGGCUCAUCAUCCUCCAAUCAAGUCUCGAUAACUGGGUCAGUAGCGCUCGUACCUCGGCCCACAAAAAAGGAUGCUGACCUCCAGCAAGGGUUGUGACCUCCCUGCUCAACAGUUGAUAGUAGAUGGUACUGGGAGUUACCCAAGUAGUGACUAGAAUCCAAAGCUCUUCGCAAAUUAUUAGUCAGAGAAAGAUGGUUAUUAUUAUUAUUAUUAUUAAUUAUUAUUAUUAUUAUUAUUAAAGUAGAUAGGAACAAUUUCACUUUUAUUUAUAUCAUUCCUAAUUGUCACCACUUGUGUAGACCAUGUCACGGCAGUUUUAGACAUACCAUCUUGUUAAUGGUAGCAGGAGUGUUGUUUAUUCCUGCUGGACUUACCUCAGGGUAUUCCCGCCUUUUCAACAGCUCACACAGUGUUACACAGUUGUAAUGAAACUGAAUUGUUUGUUUGGGAAUUUUUUUAGUAAACAGAAUAAGAAAAGAUAUAUUUGUUAAAAGGGUAAAUGGUCUCUCAGUAAGCUUACAAUUCAGGUACCCAUUUAUUGUACCAAGUUCACUGUAGGCUGAAAAUCAUUGCAAACUACCACUGAGAAAUAUAAUGAUGUUGUACCUUAAUAAAGUGAGUGAGCGGGAGAUGUCCACGACUCUGACUCUUUGUCAUCUGACGAAGAAGAAGAAGAAUAAGACUUACUAAUGCAACAGAGUUCAAGUUGGAUGCGGUGGCAUUGUAGAAUAAUGCGAUUGAGAGUGGAGACUGUGUUUUGAUUUUAUAUGUGACUAUUUUUCAUAAACAACAUUCAAUUUGGGAUGAUUCCUUUUAUCUGUGUGUGUGAAUACAAAUGAAAAAAAAAUAAGUAGAUGUAUUCUUCCUCUUGUUCAUACUGUAUAUAUAACAAUCUUAAGUACCUGUGUGGUCGACUGGACUGACCACUACACCUCUCUCUCUCUCUCUCUCUCUCUCUCUCUCUCUCUCUCUCUCUCUCUCUCUCUCCUGUAGUAUGGUAAUUAAAAUUUACCUUCUGAAUGUAAACUUCACACCAUUUCCAGGACUAAGCAAAUGUAUCCAUAGUUGUAAGUUGGCAAAUCUUUUUUUGCUCUCGAUGUAUACUGAAAUACCUCACCUAAAACCAAUGACAAUUGUAUACGAUCCACACUUUGAAAGUUGAUUACGCUAGCAAAGUAUACGAUCAGAAUUAUAUAUCUAUCUAUAUAUAUAAAUAUAUGUAUAUGUUCAGAUUUACCUACUAUAUGAAUACAUAGUUGUAGUAAAUAGGAAAAAAAAAACAGAACAGGGAAAAAAAAAAAGAUUGAUGAUAAUCUGUUUUACGGUUUUGUUAUAUUUCUUGUGCGUCUGAUACAACCAAAUAGGUUUAGGAAGAAAAAAUGCGUUAAACGUUUCAUGUAUACGAUUGGAGACGGAUUAUAUUGUUAGGCUUUGCCGCCGCUCCUCCUCCUCCAACUGCCGGCCGAUCGAUCGAUCGUCGGUCGACGAUGCGACUCCUUGUGAUCAAUGAAUCGUGAUGAAUCGAUGCAAUCCUGGAUUCCAGGACUGGAACAGUGGCUGGGGAGUCCUUCGAGGAGGCACAGGAUGGUAAUCCGGUGGUUUGUUUUUAAGGACGAAGCUUAACGGAGACUUGGGAGACUAAUCAAGGACCUCUGUGAGACAUCUGUGAUUAUGGAAAUAUCUGUGCGAUGCUGACCAGACUCUUCUUCAUUAGCAACGGCGUCAGGAACAACGGUGUGUUGUUGUUGUUGUUUGUCCGUGUGUGUGUGUUUUCCCUCCUCUUCGUCGCCAGUCUCCGGGAGAAGGAGAGGAAAGGACGGACAGCAGAGAAGGACGCUUAGGUGACAGUAAAGGAACUAUAUUAGAUGACUGAAUAAGAAGAAGAAGAAGACUGUUGCCAUAUGUUUUACUUAAGUUCUGUGUAAAAAAAAUAUAUAUAUUAUGUAAUGAUAUGCAAAAUAGAAUCAGUCCCUCGUGAUCAUACUGGAUAACAUGGCUUAAAAAAAUGGAAAAUGUUCUGGAAACCGUUUGAGAGAAUGCUUUGGGUUAUGUAUUGUAUUAACCAUGUAACUUGCACAAUUCAGAGUAACACCUUAUGUAUGGCUAUAAUAAUUGUAGGAUUUAAAUGUAUACGGCUUGUGGAGACAGAACUACAUCGAGUUAGGAUUAAGGUCCCCAGUUUUAAUCCGCUGCAAUACCAUAUUAGUAGAGAAAUUACCGACCUGUAUACCUUGUAAGAUUUUUCCGUUCCGAUUCCUUCGUUUAGAGAUCCCGUGAGGAAAAGCUGAAUCGGCCCUCCCUCCCCCCAACCCCCCUCCUCCGGCGGAGGAAGGAACGCGAGGGAGGAGCAUUCUCCCAGAGUAGAAAUAAAAAUUUUUGCUAAUGCUGCGCCCACUAAAUCAAGCGUUGAAGUACCGAGAUCGAGGAAGAUGGCUUCGCAGGUAUUAAGAAGAAUGAGUCCAUUUAACGAUCAUUCGUGUCGUUUCUUUAUUAACUUUUUUAUUUUAUUUUUAUUUCUGUUUUCUUUUUUUUUAUGAAAUCUCAUCAUACCUGUCUACGAUCCGACAAAGUUCAGUUUUUGCGUAUCUCUGGUUAAGAGCGUAAGAUGAUCAGGAGACAAGAAAAUGACAACUAUUUUAAGAAAUUAAAAGACUGAAUUCCCAUGAAACGUGUAGUUUCCUUACUUGAAAUCAAGUGAAGGUACUUUACAUUUGAAAUUUUAAAAAUUACCGCAUCGUAUCGUGGAAGCGUCCACUGACAUCACCAAGGAGUUUAAACGCUCUAUAGCUACUGCGGAAUAUUACAGUACAUAGUAAGCUCAGUUCCAGAGACAGUUUUGCAAGUUAGUCGUCUCGCUCACGAAGAGUGGAAACUGGAGACAUGGAGACAGGUUGGCUGGCGUUACUGUGACAUAGGUUUAGCACUGAUCACUCUUAGUCAACGGUCAAGUCACUGGAAAUGUAGAUACUACAAUCCUCUCUUAAACUCUUGGUCCAACCUCCUCCUACUGUACUAAAUUAUUCCACUACUCUGAGCAACUUCAUUUUUUUCUCUGUCCAGUUGCGUGGAAUUUAAUUUUUUUAUAACAGGGUCUUAAUUUUAAGGUUUAUAUUUUUAAAGUAAGGUAGUCCUUCUUUGUUUUAUUUUCUUAAUGAUCAUAAUUUAUGAAAUUAUAUUUAGCACGGCCUGUCGGCGACUGACCGUGCCUCACUUCCGAAUAAAGUGAAAUGUUCAAC